GCUGCGCGGCCGUGUUGGGCGGGAGGCCCUGGGAGAUGCGGUCGCCGGCGCUGCUUCGGCUCCUGGUGGGGCCGCUGCUGGUGUUACUGGUGCUGCUGGAGGCCGCCCGGUGCGGGGAGGCUGCGGCCCCAGGCUCCCGGGACGCCGCCACCGCUUCCCCGCGCCCAACGGAGGCGGCCGGCGGGGCUUCCACGCGGAGCAGCAGCAACAGCAGCAGCAGCAGUAGCCGCCUGGCCGAGGUGUCGGCGCCGCCCGAGCAGGGCCAGCCCAUGACCCAGCGCGCCCUCUCCGUGCUGGUGCUGGCCAGCGCCGCCCUCAUCGUCUACUUCGUGAUCCGGACCGUGCGGCUCAGAAGGCAAAAUAGAAAAACCCGAAGAUACGGAGUUCUGGAUACGAACAUAGAAAACAUGGAGUUGACUCCAUUAGAACAAGAUGAUGAUGAUGAUGAUACAACACUAUUUGAUGCCAGCCAUCCUCGAAGAGAAGUACGUGCCUUUCAAUGAAAGAACUUAAUCUUAGAACCAGAGAAGAAGACUGCUUCAUGGGAGAAAUAAGAAGCAAGAGGAUAUGCAAGUGGGGGGAAACUAAUUUAAUUUGUGUAUUUUAUGGCAUCCUUUUGCAUCUUGCAAUAAGUAAUUAUCAAUUUGUUGUAUCUUUUUGUAUAUAGAGAUUCUCAUUGUAUAACCUAUGGGGAGAGAAUACUAACUGUGAUAACAUAAAAACCUAUUUAAAAGGGAGAUUACUUGUAAAACAGGGUAUUUUUUGCUUGUUACAAGUCUUGUAUGCCAUUACAAGUGUGGUAUACACUUUUUUUCUACAGUAACCUGGAAUGUUAAUUUUUUCUUCUGAUAUUAAAUUGUAAGUAAAUAAAGCCACUGUGGACUUCUCAGAAUUGUUAGAACAUUAUUUUAAUUGAGGAGAUGAUAUAUUGUUUACCAAUAAAAAGCCAAACCACUGCCUUCUGUGUUGAGAAUUAAAAAAGCUGAAUUAACAUGUUUUGUUCAUGUAAACUUCAGUGAAAAAAUAAAAUGUGUUUACAGUG